CACCUUUUCUACGGCGUCGUUGCGUGCCCGGGGUUCUCUUCUUAGCUGCGUCUGCGUUGCCAGCCAGCCUCAUCUCCUUCCUCGCUUCCGUCCACUUCUCCACCACCACCUCUUCGCUCGCUGACUCGCUCUCGCGCUCGCACACAUCGCUCUCGCUCGCUCUGCUGCUGCCGCGCCCCGCCGCUCGCGCUCCGAGCGGGGAGCAUUGCGUGGCGUGGCUUGGAUCCGGCGGUCUCGAUCUGAUCGAGGCGGAGGCGCGCGCUGCGCGGCGGAUGGUGUGAUCGGGGGAGGCGGCGAUCGAUGCGGGGAGGUACGGUGCGGCGUGGAGGUGGGGUUGGGUUGCGGGCGCUGGUGGUCGUCGCCGUCGCCGCCGCUGCAUUGGUGGUGGCGCGCGCGGACACCGCCGCCGCUGACGUCUCUGCUAUAAAUGGAUUGUACAUUUCACUGGGGUCGCCAAAACUUCCUGGAUGGUCGGGGAAUGGCGGAGACCCCUGCAGCGAGCUUUGGCAGGGUGUUGUAUGCACCGGCUCAAGUAUAACCUCAGUUACGAUGAAUGCUGCAAACUUGGGGGGUCAGCUUGGUGGCUUAGGGAACUUCACCUCCAUCGUCACCAUAAAUCUUAGUAACAAUAAAAUUGGUGGAACUAUACCAGAAGACCUACCGGUUACGUUGCAGCAUAUUUUUCUUUCAGCUAAUCAGCUCACUGGAAGCAUCCCAAGUUCAUUGGCAAAACUUAAAAAUUUGGCAGACAUGUCACUCAAUGACAACCAACUAAAUGGGCAACUGCCAGAUGCUUUUGGUUCACUCACUGGACUUGUAAAUUUGGAUAUUUCUUCUAACAACUUGACUGGUGUGUUACCACCAUCUAUGAAAAAUCUGUCAUCUUUGACUACAUUGCACAUGCAAGGCAAUCGAUUGUCUGGGACUCUUAACGUCUUGCAGGAUCUCCCUCUUAAAGACUUGAAUAUAGAGAAUAAUUUGUUUUCUGGACCAGUGCCUCCAAAGUUGCAGAGCAUACCAAACUUCAAAAAGGAUGGGAAUCCAUUUAAUACCAGUAUAGCUCCUUCUGCAUCACCACCAUCAACACCCGGAGGACCAGCACCAACUCCAACACCAACGAGACCAGCACCAAGUCCGUCACCAACAGGACCUCCAACACCAUCACCAACCAAUCCAAAUCUAGAACCAUCACCACCACCUCCAUCCUCUUCAGCCCCUCCAUCUAGAACACCCUCAAACUCUUCUGACGGGCCAACUACUCGAGACAACAUUUCAUCAUCUAAGAAACAGAAUUCAUCAACCCUCAAAAUUGUCGGAUUUGUUUUUCUUGGAGUAGUGCUGUUCAUAGUUACAGUCCUGCUGGUGAUAUUUUGUUUGUCCAAGUACCAAGAGAGAAGGUCAAGGUAUGAUUAUAACAGAAGUCAAUUGGCAAGGGUGCAUCAUACAGUUGAACACAGAAUCAACCCGUCUAUAGUGCAACCAAGGGAUGAUGCUAAAAAAGAUCAGCAAAGUUUGGCAGCUGUCCCUAAGAAGCCUCUUGAAAGCCAAAGAGAACACAUAAUUGAUUUGGAGCACCCAAAUAAUUUGGCGCGUACAAAUUCAGAACUUUUUGCAGUUGAUCCACCACCCCCACCACCCCCUCCUUUCCUGCCACCAUUCCCUGUUGAAAAAGUUACUGUAAAUCCUGUUGUUCCUCCAGAAAAGAGAUACAUAUCUCCACCAAGGAUAAAUAAACCAACUUCUGCCACUUCAUUCUCUGUGGCAUCUCUUCAGCAAUAUACAAGCAGUUUCAGAGAGGAGAAUUUGAUAAGAAAGAGUAGACUAGGAAAGGUAUACCUAGCAGAGUUUCCUGAAGGAAAGUUUUUGGAAGUAAUGAAGAUUGACAAUACUAAUGGAAGAAUAUCAGUAGAUGAAUUUCUAGACCUGGUUCAGCUUGUCUCGGAUAUCAGGCAUCCUAACAUCCAUGAGUUAGUUGGAUAUUGUGCUGAAUAUGGGCAGCGGUUACUUGUGUACAAUCACUUUAGUACAAAAACACUAGAUGAUGCACUUCAUGAUAGAGAGGGAGUUGAUAGUACACUGUCAUGGAAUGCUCGCCUCCAGGUUGCUCUUGGUUCAGGAAAGGCCUUAGAGUAUCUCCAUGAAAGCUUCCAGCCUCCAAUUGUGCAUCAGAACUUUGAACCGGCUAAUGUACUCCUUGAUAAUAAAUUUUCAGUGCGUGUUGCUGAAUGUGGACUAGAAAAAUUGUUGGCAUCAAGUUCUGUCACUCAGUUGGCAGAUCGAAUGCAUUCACUGUUGAACUAUGAACCACCGGAAUUCCGGGAAUCUGGGAUAGUUACAGAACAAGGUGAUGUUUACAGUUUUGGAGUAGUGAUGCUAGAAAUUCUUACUGGGCGUAAACCAUACGACAGUUCACUCCCACGUGCUGAGCAACAUCUUGUUAGAUGGGCCAAUUCUCAGCUUCAUGACAUAGAAUCACUGUCCAGGAUGGUGGACCCUUCUAUACAAGGGCAAUGUUCUGAGAAAGCACUGUCACGAUUUGCUGACAUAAUCAGCGGGUGUAUCCGGGAACCACAAUUCAGGCCACCAAUGUCUGAAGUUGUCCAAGACCUAGCUAGAAUGGUAAAUGAAACUGGUGAGGAAUCGGAGUAACACAAAACAAAAAUCAAGGACAUACAGAUCUCGAGCGCCUGCUGAGUUGCCUGUAGAUACUGGGAGGAAAUUCUUUCGGCACAUUCUGGGGAGAAUUCUGGCAAAGAACAUUAUUUUCCCUAGAGCAGUAUACACUAACACCAUAACGUGUGUCAACUUGGAGCCACAUUUACACAGGAAAGGAUACUGGAGGUACAGCCAACAUGUACUUAGUUGUUGCAAAUUUGAAAUUGAUGUAUUCUUUUGCAGACAUGAUAUUAUAUCAUUACCCCCUUCUUGUAACCAACAUUCAUGAUUUGGUUCAAUUUUGUGCCAUAGGGCUACUUUCUUGCUUGUGUUUCAUGUUAUGUAUAUCGUCUGUAGACCUGGGGAAAAAGUGGCCCGGCCUUCA